GGUGCCCCGGGGAGCUCCGGUGAGGAUGCGGGAUGAAGGUCGCCUGCCUUCAAUGGCCUGCAGCAUCUCAAGUUAGAAACAUCCUUAUUUGUGGAAACAUGUCAGGGAAAGAAAAGCUCAUCAUCUGUACAUCUGUAUGCCUUUUUCAUCGUAUAUUUGAAAGGACAAACAGAAAGCUUCCCUGCACAAUAACUUAAGGGUAUAAAAAGCAGUAGUGAGGGAGAAAAAAAUCACUCUCAGUUGCAGCCAAAAUCCUGUUGAGAUUCUGAACUAUGACAUCAUGGCAAGAUUUCGCAGAAGAACAUGCAUCAUUUUGUUGCUUUUUAUUUUGUUUAUUUGCUCCAUAAUGAUGGCUUUGAAGACUCUGAGACCUGACAGAGCUGGCUUCGGGGAUCCAUUUGGACUUGGUUUGUUGCCGGAGCUGCAACAACGGACAGUGCUGUUAGACAGUAAACAGAAUUCCCUAAAUAGGGCUCAAGGAGAUACUGUAACACGUGUCAGUAAUUUGCAUAGUAUUACUGUCAAUACUAUGAAAGCAUCUAUGUCUCCAUUAAAAAAGCUGGAAGAAGAGCUGUCUUCUCCUAAUUACAACUUUCACAUAUUCUACUAUACUUGGUAUGGGAAUCCACAGUUUGAUGGUAAAUACAUUCACUGGAAUCAUCCGUUGUUGCCACAUUGGGAUCCCAAAAUUGCAAACAAUUAUCCAAAGGGAAGGCAUAACCCUCCUGAGGACAUUGGGGCCAACUUUUAUCCAGAACUUGGAUCUUACAGUUCCAAAGACCCUGCUGUSAUAGAAGCCCACAUGAAACAAAUGCGUUCAGCUUCAACUGGUGUAAUAGUGCUUUCAUGGUACCCACCAGGUAUGGCUGAUGAAAAUGGAGAACCGACUGAUGACUUGGUGCCAGUUGUUCUGGACUAUGCACACAAAUAUAAUCUAAAGGUCACUUUUCAUAUUGAACCUUACAAAGACAGGGAUGAUCGCAGCAUGUACCACAAUGUCAAGUACAUCAUUGACAAAUACGGAAGCCAUCCAGCCUUUUACAGGCAUAAGACCAGCACAGGCAGACUUCUUCCAUUGUUUUAUGUUUAUGACUCUUACGUAACAAUUCCUGAAAUAUGGGCAAAUCUGUUAACUGUUUCUGGAUCCCAGAGUAUUCGAAAUACUCCGUAUGAUGCGUUAUUCAUUGCACUUCUUGUAGAAGAAAGACAUAAGCAUGACAUUCACAGAAGUGGUUUUGAUGGAAUGUACACSUACUUUGCCACCAAUGGCUUCUCCUACGGCUCAUCUCACCAUAACUGGGCAAGUUUAAAAGCCUUUUGUGAUAGUAACAACUUAAUGUUUAUUCCAAGUGUGGGGCCAGGUUAUAUUGACACCAGCAUCCGACCAUGGAAUAACCACAACACCCGGAAUCGUGUCAAUGGGAAGUACUAUGAGACUGCCUUCAGCGCAGCCCUUCUGGUGCGACCAGAAAUUAUUUCCAUUACGUCUUUUAAUGAAUGGCACGAGGGAACUCAGAUUGAAAAAGCUGUCCCUAAACGGACCGGACAGGUGGUUUACCUUGAUUAUAAACCCCAUAAACCAAAUGUUUACCUAGAGCUUACUCAGAAGUGGUCUGAGAAGUACAGAAAAGAACAAGAGCAGUGGCUUAUGUGAGCUGUCCCUGCUGCAGUUGUUUCCUAAUGCAUUGACUAUAUUGAAAAAGAAGUUGAGAGCUGAAGAAUCUGUUACUAAAUGUCUUUAUUAUAUCUUUUGAAUGUAUAUGCACUACUACUGAAUUUAAUUUUGAAAAGCUAAAAAGAUUAUGGGAAUAUUGGCAAUUCUGUCUUACUGGAUAUUUUGGUUCAGAAAUAUUCAGGGAAAUCUGUUUGGUUUUCAGUUAUUUUUUUAACUUGGUAACUCGCAUGCUGAGCUUUCAGAACAUCUGCAUGGGAUAACUCUACAUGACCAAAGUAUAACAAAAAAACUGRCACAGUUUCUAAUUUCCUUUAUUUCUGUAGUUGUGUUUUUGAUCAARCUGGUGCUGUAAUCUACAUUUUUAUCCUCAUAGCUUCUUGCAGGAUGCAUGUCUAUAGUUGUGGAAUAAUCUACAUUUAUGCUUUUUAAUGCUUUGCACAUGGAGUUCUUGACAUAUGAUUAGCUUGUGGUUAAAGCACUGURGAGGUAUGUCUGAUGCAACACCACUGGGUUUUGUUUAAAAAAAAAUAUUUGAAAGAAAGUUCMGAAGAACUGCAGAAAGAGUUGUUGUUUACUUAAUUUUUUUUCUGUUUGGUACAUGGGGUAGACUUACAGAUUACUGGAUAUCGACCAGGAACAAUUUUUUUUUCUGUUACUUGGAAUGAUAAAAAAAAAAAAGUUUGAAUUAGAGUGGAAAAUAUUUUUUGAGGGGGGGGGAAAAAAACCCUAAAGAUGCAAAAAAUUUAUUUCAACUUCUGUUGUUACUUAUUUUCUUCUAAUUAACUGCAGCACAGUUCUAGUGUGUUUUUUUAAAUGUUUAAAGUUUCUAAACCCAGUAUYUUACUCAAGCUACAAUAACUAUAAUUGUAGGAAAUACAUUUUUUGAGGAGCAACCUGAUUUGGUAGCAAUGAGAGCAACUACCCAUUUGUAUAAUUUGAAGUCUGAGAUUUCUCUUUUUCAUCUAUUUCAUUUMGUUGUUCCAGGAUUCCAAAUUGUAGAUUCUAAAAUCUUACUGUUAUUCAGAUAAGCACCCUACCAAUGCUGCUAUAAGACAUUGGUGUGRCUGGAAAUGAGUAUUUUCAGUCCUAAGAAUCUCACCUGUCAAAUGKGAUUUUUAGCUGCUAUUUUUUAUGAGGUUUGAAAGGUUCAAGUCACACAGAUGUAUCUGCUCAGUAAUAUUUUCUCUGGGACUUCCAUAGAAUUUCAUAACAAAGCCCUAAACUUUGGAAUAGUAGAAAUUGCAGUGUUUUGUUUAUUUGCAGCAAGUAUUUAAUCCUAGCAGAGUGGAUUCUUUCUUAGUUGUUUAUUUUCUUAAUCUAUAUAUAAGGUGCUGAGCCUGUGUUUUAGUUCAUAUGCUGAAACUUGUGACCACUAGUAACAAUUGGAAUUCCAUUGAUUUCAGCAGAACUCGUGAAAAUUGCACUCUUUACUCAGACCUCACUGUAAUCUCCCCAUUAAGUGGUAAGGUGAAUGGGAGGAUUUCUGUUAAAACAAACCAAACCAGUAUGUUUCUUCCAGAAAACUUUGUCAUUCCAAAUUAAUAUAAAACAGUUAACACUGUUGUUUUCUAGAGUUCUUCUGGUAUGAAAAAAGUUUGUUUAUAUAUCUCUUACUUACUUACAGUUUAGUUCUCUUGUCAUUUCUCUGCAGCUGUUCAAGCAAUGAGGUAUCAUGUAAUGCCCUCAGCUGCUUGAAAGAAUACAGAAAUUGGAUGGAGAUAUAUAAGCUGGUGUGUUGACAUGUGCCUCUAGAUUUACUGGKCUCUUACUAAUUUCUCUGUAUUUUUUUKCAUUUUCCUACUAAAUUACUGCAAAGUAUGCAAUGCCUCUGAAAGAAGUGUUUACUAAUGCUUAUAUUGUUUUGCUUAUACUCAGGUGGAUAAACUGACAUAGACAUAGGUAUGACCCCAGUCAAUAAUGUCUGAGACUUAAGAAGCACUUGUUACUCUUCAACCACUCCCAAGUUAACCACUUCCAUUUUCUGAUAUUACUGUUUUACUAUARAUCCCUUAAAUAGCUAUACAUAAAUUGUUUCUAUAAUUUGUUGUAUGUUUAUGCUUUUAAAGCCCRGAGUCCAUAUAUUUAUUUUAAAUGUGAGGGAACAAUUGAAUGUUUUGCAUAUGUUAUUAAAAAACCUUUUGAAAAGACAAGUCUCUUUGUUUUCCCUUUGCUUAAACUUUUGUMAUCCACUGGUCUUUUCUCACUGUAGGUAUCUGAGCACUUUACUGGUCUUGACAACUUUGCACUCACCUUUGAGCCCUUACUUUCUCCUAGUGUUAGUUUAUUUUCUCUGUGACUGUGAAAAGUCACUCCUUUGUUGCUGUGUAUAGAAACAUUUGAAAUUUGUUGUAAGGUAUUGUAUAACUGAGGUGAUGUGUCUUGUUUAAAAUAGAAUUUAUAUACAAUGUAAUGGAUCUUCAUUAUCUGAAAGACUUUUGUAAUUGCUGUAAAGGUAUCAUUUAGUCCUUGCUGUGAAGUGGCCAUGGCACACUGAUGUCUAAUGGGAUCUUUAGAAGAAUUKAUAGAAUUUCUGUAGAAAAGAAUGAAAAUUAAGUGCCUAGAAAUUCAUCACCCCUGAACACUGRCUGUAUUUUUAUGUGCUUGAUGUGUUUUAGUAUGCAGCCUUACAUGAUGUUUCAGAGUUGAGAAUUUAAUUUGAUGAUCGAUGAAAUAGAGCUACUAGAACUAUCCCACCUGCCUGACCAAUACUUUCUCUGUACUUWAAGCAAAUCAGUGUGCUUCUUCUUKAUAGGAGAGUUUUACUUAUGGACUGUUGCUGCAGUUGUGAUAGUUAUUUGAAAUUUGAGUUURAAAAAAUAGGGAAAGCAUUUGUACAAAUGCAAAGAAAUAAGAUUGUUACAAGGGCACAGUUACUGGGGCAAGGGAGGGGAAAAGUGAAUGUAUUUAAGAAGGUAGUUGCUCCAAGCUUUAAGAUUACAUUAGGAAAAAAARGGGACUCCAGCGUGCAACCAAAAUUAAGAGGCAGGGAAGAGCAUGUGUAAUGAUUUUGAGAUUUGAAACAGAUUUAAGAAAURUCCAGAUCCUAUUUCACUUUGGUAUCACACCUCUUCUACUUCUUAUGGCUGAAAAAAUAUUGGCCAACUGAAAAAAAUAUUGUAAUGAUUGUUUUAAAUAUUUUUACACUGAUUAAAUACUCAAUUAAAUACUCAAAUGUUAUUUCAUAGCACUUAGAAUUAUAUGAAAAKUUUUAAAAGAGAUCAUGCCAUGGUGUGCCUCUGCAAAUACAGAAAUAACUGAAGUAAUCAAUCACAUCCUACUGACUGAGCAUCCCCAGGGGGUCAGUGGUUUCUAGACAAGUAAAGAGUCUUUGUGGUAAAAGAGAACAUAUUUGUAAAAGAAAAUCUGUAGGUUCAUUUCUGCUUUUGUCAGUUAUGAUCAARUAAAUUGUUUUAGUUCUGUGAGCUUUCUCAGAACUGAAGCUUAGUGCGUCAACUCUAAGAAUAUGUAUUAAAUYUUGUAUAGUAGUGCAUGUUUCUCAGAUCUAUAAUGUACUGAAUUUUGUGGGAAAACACAUGCUAAUGCUUUUGCUAUUUUAGUGGCAAGCUGUAGAUAAUUGUGAAUAUAGUUUCUGUGCUGAUGUUCAUCAUAUUUGUCUAGUGCAUUUCUUUUGAGGUGCCAAUGAUUUGUCUCUUGAGGUUGUUGAAGCAGAAGGUUCUUCASUGAAAAUAUUUUUAUUAUAAAACUUGAUCGGUAUAUGCUCUGCUUAGUUUGAAUUAACAUAUUUCACACAUGGUUCUCGGAUUCAAUUGAAAACAUUUCACAGUAUUUUCAGCACUAUGUUGCCAGUAAAUCUGUCUCUGGGUACAUGGAUAAAGACUUACUGUGAUUUAGGGCACUUUUUUUUUCUGAAUCUUGUGAACCUAAAAAGAGGAAAUAUAACAUUUAUAAACAAAUUAUUUGACACUUAAUAUAAGAUGAAAAUCUUUCUCCCAGACCUACAGGUACUUGUCUUCAUUCUCUCUACUUGGUUAAGAUUGUGUCAAUGCUUUGUUUCUUUUUUUCUUUUACUUUUGACCAGCAUGUUAAAURUUCUAUAAAUUUCUAAAAUGGCUGUAUUUCUAAGAUUUCAUAGUUGGAAUAUUCAGUAAAGAGAAUCUUCAAGAUUARUGGCACCACAGAAAAGCCUGAUGUGAAUGUGAUAUUGUAUAGAUGAAUUUGUUGUGAAUGGACAGUGUGUCUUUGAUAUGCAUUGAACACAAAUAAAAAAAAAAAACUUUUAAUACCCUACAUGGCUGUGACAGAGAUGAAKUUGCUUACAUAAAAAUCAAAAAAUGUGUGUGUCUAUUUAGAUAUGUGCAUAUAYCUGAAGUCAUUAUUUUAAAAGUACUAUAUCAUUGUAAUAAAAUUACAAAUGAUUAUGCAACUUUUAAGUAAGCAAUUAUUUUAAUUCUGUAUAGUAUUUAUGGAAGACCUUUUUGCUUAUGAUUGCUUUCAUGUUUAAUAAAUAUAUGCCCAAAAAUCAUUUUUAAAGGAGUGUGUGGUAUUGGGGUCUUUUAUUAAUGGAUGUUUUGAAAUUUAAUUUUUGUUUUUCUGUGUGUGUGUAAGAUUUAAUUAUAUUUAAAGAAACAGGCUUAUCACAAUUUUUUUAAUAGACAAUGCUCCUGAAGUUUUUAGGCCUAAUAUUACAUCCUAUUAGGCUACUGAGUUCACUGCAUGGUGUUGCAAGUGUCUUUUGAGUCCUAGGUAYAAAUGUAUGUUGACAAAGUAAAACUGAAGUUUGCAAUAUACCGAGGUUUAGGAGGGAUAUGCGCACAAACAAUUAGCCUUGGCGGAGAAUGGUUUACAAAGGUUACUACAAAAGGGCAAAUGAAUUAUUUGUUGCAUUAUAGUAUGUUGUGCUGUUCAGGUAUAAAAAGUCUGGAAGGUAAGCAUUGUCGUUUUAUUUUUCAUGGCAAUGUGAAAUUAUCUCCUUGGUGUUUGAAAAAUCUGUUGUGUUAUUCCAGCAAACUAAUUAUACUGGUAUGAAAAAAAUUA